CUUCGAGUGAGGCAAAGAAAGCAGAAACAUUGUGGAUGGUGGGACAGUCGUAGAGUAACAGCACUAUCAGAGAACGACCAGGGAGUCAACACUGCCGAUUAACACAUUGCAACAGAAAAAAAAUCAUGGAUUGGUGGACUGGAUUAUGUUUUUUCAACGUUCUGUGUGUCGUCUGUAGCUUAUCUGAGUUCUAUUACUCUGUGAACCUGGAACCUGGUUCAUUUGAAGAAGCUCAGAUAUCCUGCAGGUCUGAUAAUAGUUUUCUAACUAAUAUACCCAACCAUGAAGAAACUUUAAAGAUUCUGAAAGCCAUUGAGGAUAAGAGACAAAGAACCUCAACAUUCUUCUGGAUUGGGUUGAUGAAAUAUAGGAAAGACUGUGUUCAAGAUAAUGUUCCACUCAAAGGUUUUCACUGGACAGCUGAUAAUAGCACAGAAUUUGAGCUUAACAAGUGGGAAGAAAACCCAGAACCUACCUGCACGAAUGCGCUUUGUGGACAACUCUCUGUGGAGUACACCGAUUCUAAAGUGAUCAGGUGGGGAUUGGCUGCUAGAACUUGCAAGCAGAAAUUUUCUUUUAUUUGCAAACAUCAAAAUCCAGUUAAGGAAAUAUUAUGUCCUCUGCCACAAAUAACUGGAAGUCAUACCAACAUGCAAAAAAAUAAUGAUCCAUACAACCUUCAAAUCACAUGCAAUUCAGGGAACACUUUCACACUGACUUGUUCUAGGAGCACUAGCAAAUGGGGGCUAGUAGAUGGAACAGAGAAAGACAUAGCAGAAUUAUGUCUGGACUGCAGAAAGGGCUACAAAAAGGAUGAAAAAGGAAACUGUGUGGAUGUGGAUGAAUGUGAACAAUCCAAUCUAUGUAAGCAUCAAUGUAUUAAUACAGCUGGUUCAUAUAGUUGCAUGUGUGUUAAUGAUAUAGGCAACUUUUACAAUGAAACUUCAGAAAUCUGCAAAAAUUUACCUAGAUCAAAUGCUGAUGCUUCUGACAAAUUACUGGAUAAUCCAACCAAUUCUCCAGUCCACAAGAAGUCUUUUCCUUCAUUUCAACCAGCCAAUGACAGUACAACUGAGUCAGGGGUUCAAAUUGAGGGAGGCUCUGGAGACAUACUUUUUCCUUUGAUUAUAGCUUUGCUGAUACUUGUGGUGCUGAUUGUGAUCACAGCCGUCAUUGUGAAAUGCUGCUGCAUGAGAUGGAAAAAGAAAAGAGCAAAGAAAAGGGCAGCGGUGCUGAAAGAAGCAGUGGCUUUAAAUGGAUCUGACUCCAUGGAAAAAGUAUAUGAGAAAUAGACAAAGUGAGUGUAUUUUGAGUGUAUUUUGAACCAUAGACAUGUUUAAAACAAUAGCUAUGAAAAACCACUCACAUGUUCUUACUGGUAGGACAGAAAAUACAUUAAAAUAUAUAAGCUUACUCAUUUUGUAACUGUUUCUGCUUAAUGUUUGCCCUUUCAAUUCUGCUCCAAAGUCUUGCCGUUUCACAAUCUAAAUAUGUGCAUGAUACAAGAUACGAGUUCAGAACGUUUUUAAUGUUUUGUAUUAGAGAAAUUUGUUUGCCUGUUGUUUUUUAAUUCCAGUUUGUUUAAUGUUCUUAGGUUCGUUUU